UGCCACCAGGACGCCAUUAGCCCGCCACCAGCCUGCCACCAGGCCGCCACCAGCCUGCCACCAGGCUGCCACCCCUCCUACAUCUACUGUUCCGCUCUACCUGGAACAAAAGGACUAUUGUUAUUUUUGUGUUGCCUCUUGGCCCCUGAUCGACCACUGACCUGUGGGACUAAACCUGCUACCUGGAUACAUCCACUGCUUUUCAGAACCACUCAUUUUUGGAAGACUCAUUCGUUCCGGGGGCAUUAUGAGACAAGAUAUUAUAUCUUGUAUUUGCAGUUGCCCUGAAUUUGGAAUAUAAUCUUCACGCGAAAGAGUAUCAUACCUUACUAUAUAGAGUUGAUCGUGCUUAGGGUUGGUCACUUUACCUGGGGUCACCAUGGCAACAGACUCUCCCAACCCUUCUCUGAGAUCCAGAGUAACCGUGACAACAGAUGGUGACUCUUUUGUAAGCACGAUCAGUCUUCCAUGCAGUCACUUCCUCUCUGCCAACGUCAUCAGUGUCGUGGAGAAAUGCAUGAGUUCCAUGCAGACAGGGACCCAGAUGGUGAAGCUCCGCGGUGGCUCCAAGGGGCUGGUGCGCUUCUUCUACCUGGACGAACACAAGUCCUGCAUCCGCUGGCGGCCAUCCCGCAAGAACGAGAAGGCCAAGAUCUCCAUCGACUCCAUCCGGGAGGUGUGUGAGGGCAAGCAGUCGGAGAUCUUCCAGCGCUACUCCGAGGGCAGCUUCGACCCCAACUGCUGCUUCAGCCUGUACUACGGCGAGCACAUGGAGUCCCUGGACCUGGUGUCCAGCACGGGGGAGGAGGCCCGCACCUGGAUCACCGGCCUCAAGUACCUGAUGGCGGGCAUCAGCGACGAGGACAGUUUGGCCAAGAGGCAGCGCACACGCGACCAGUGGCUGAAGCAGACGUUCACGGAGGCGGAUAAGAACGGCGACGGCAGCCUCAGCAUCAGCGAGGUGCUGCAGCUCCUCCACAAGCUCAAUGUCAACCUGCCCCGGCAGAGGGUCAAGCAGAUGUUCAAGGAGGCAGACACUGAUGACAACCAGGGCACACUGGACUUUGAGGAGUUCUGCUCCUUCUACAAGAUGAUGUCCACACGGAGGGACCUGUACCUGCUCAUGCUCACCUACAGCAGCCACAAAGACCACCUGGACACCUCCGACCUGGCCCGCUUCCUGGAGCUGGAGCAGAAGAUGACCAAGGUGACCAAAGACCAUUGUCUUGAGAUUGUGAACAAAUUUGAGCCUUGCUCUGAGAACCAGAAGCAGGGGGUUCUGGGUAUUGAUGGUUUCACCAACUACAUGCGCAGUCCUGCUGGGGACAUCUUCAACCCAGAACACUACGAGGUGAACCAGGACAUGACUCAGCCUCUGUGGAGCUACUUCAUCGCUUCCUCCCACAACACCUACCUGAUGGGAGACCAGCUCAUGUCCCAGUCCAGGGUGGACAUGUACGCCUGGGUGCUGCAGGCCGGCUGCCGCUGCGUGGAAGUGGACUGCUGGGAUGGACAGGAUGGAGAGCCUAUCGUUCACCACGGCUACACCCUCACCUCCAAGAUUUUGUUUAAGGACGUUAUUGAGACCAUCAACAAGUACGCCUUCGUGAAAAACGAGUUCCCAGUCAUCCUCUCCAUAGAGAACCACUGCAGUGUUCCACAGCAGAAGAAGAUGGCCCAGUGCCUGGUGGAGGUUCUGGGGGACAAGCUGGACCUUUCCAGCAUCAAGGCAGACGAGUCUGGCCGUCUGCCCUCCCCCCACAGCCUCAGGGGCAAGAUCCUGGUCAAGGGGAAGAAGCUCCCUUCCAACAUCGACGAGGACGCCGAGGAGGGCGACGUGUCGGACGAGGACAGCGCAGACGAGAUGGAGGACGACUGUAAACUGAUGAAUGGAGAUACAUCAGUCAACAGGAAGCAGGUGGAGAACCUGGCCAAGAAGAAGCUGGACAACCUGAUGAAGGAGUCUAAGAUCCGAGACAGGGAAGACCCUGACAGCUUCACCAUAGCUGCCCUGCCCCCCUCAGGGAACGCCCCUGACAAGGGAUCCCUGAAGGACAAAGGUGAGGACGGCACCGACACAGGAGACGAGGCCAACCCCAGCACCAACAAGCGUCUGGGCAGGUCCUUCAUGGGCAGCUUCUCCAAACGCAAGAAAAAGACCAAGCUCAAGAAGACGUCCAGCUUUGAGGACACCGACACAGACCAGGAGAGCACCAGCAGUAAUUCCAAAGCCCCUCUCCACCACAGCAGGAAGAAGAAGACCAUGAAGCUGUCCAGGGCCCUCUCAGACCUGGUCAAGUACACCAAGUCAGUGGGGGUUUGUGACAUCGAGACACAAGCAGCCAGCUGCAGUUGGCAGGUGUCGUCCCUCAGUGAGACCAAGGCCCACCAGAUCAUGCAGCAGAAACCGGCUGGCUUGACCCACUUCAACCAGCGCCAGCUCUCCCGAAUCUACCCCUCCUCCUACCGUGUGGACUCAUCCAACUUCAACCCCCAGCCCUUCUGGAACGCCGGGUGCCACCUGGUUGCGUUGAACUACCAGUCUGAGGGGCGCGUUCUCCAGCUGAACCGAGCCAAGUUCUACAGCAACGGAAACUGUGGCUACAUGCUCAAGCCUGCGUGCAUGUGUGAAGGUACCUUUAACCCUAUGAUGGAGGACCCACUGCCAGGCCAGAUGAAGAAACAGCUGGUGCUGAAGAUCAUCAGUGGUCAGCAGUUGCCCAAACCCAAAGACUCCAUGAUGGGAGACAGGGGAGAGAUCAUCGACCCCUUUGUUGAGGUGGAGAUCAUUGGUCUGCCAGUGGACUGCUGCAAGGAGCAGACGAGGGUGGUGGACGACAAUGGGUUUAACCCUAUGUGGGAGGAGACGCUGGUCUUCACCCUCCACAUGGCAGAGCUGGCCCUGGUCCGCUUUCUUGUGUGGGACCACGACCCCAUUGGCCAGGACUUUAUCGGCCAGCGCACCCUCGCCUUCAACAGCAUGUUACCAGGUUACCGUCAUGUAUAUCUGGAAGGUAUGGAGGAGGCUUCCGUCUUUGUUCACAUCGCUGUGAAUGACAUCACGGGUAAGGCCAAGGUGGCCAGCGGCAUAAAAGGGCUGUUUCACAGAAGCCCAAAGCAGUCUUCCCUAGACAGCCAUGCUGUUGCACAGCACAGCCGUAAGCACCCAUUUGGUGUCCACCUCCUUCGACGCACUGCCAGCGCCCCCACCAAGGGACAGCCCAAGGUCAAGAAGGGCUUCCCGGAGAUCGCCAUCGACACCAAAGACUACAGUUCAGAGGGCGCCAACGAGGACCGGGAGUCCGAGGAGCGGGACGCCACCUCCUCCCAGCCCCCGCCGCCCAAUCACAGCGAGGCGUCCAGCACAGCGUGUGGCCAGCACCAAGGCCCGGGCCCCUGGGACCACAGCACCAAUGGGGCCUUCCACCCUGAGGAGGGCAAAGACCAUUCCACCGUGCAGAGACCACUCCCUCCCCUUCCACUGCUCACACCAAUCACCGAGGAGGCAUCUGAUGGACGCUUCACUCGCUCUGCCCCCUCUCUAGCAGACCACACGUCAUCCCACUGUCGCUCCCCACCAUCCACAGCAAUAACCAGUGUUCCAAACCACCAGGGAGAGAGUCCUGUCAACGAGAGGGGGAACAACAGCAGGCCCCCUUUCCUUCACAGGGCCUCCUCAGCCCCUGGAACUCCACUCCCUUCAUGCGAGGCACCAGACUCGAAACCACCCACCUCCCAUUCCAAUAAAGACCCUUGGGUCAGCAACGGCACUGUGCCCCACCAGGAGCAAUGCCUUCAAGUUGACGCACCACAUGCUGACCAAAAUACUGAGUGUAAGAUGGAGCCGUCCUCUGCUGUCCCUUCCACUAAACACUCUUUAGUCCCCAACCCUCCCAAAGUCCAGGCCUUGAGAGCACUGUUUGGCCCCCCUUCCUCAAAUACGCCCUUCCGUAGGACCAAAAGUGAGGGACAUGUGCGAGUGGCGCCAGGGACAGGGCAGUGCCAGUCAACAGUGCCGGAAGUGUGCACUGAUGCCACCCUGAACGACCGACUUUGGAGCAAGCUAGAGCCAGGCAGCCAUCGAGACAGUGUGUCGUCCUCGUCCAGCAUCUCCUCCAAUGACACAGUGAUCGAUCUGUCCCUCCCCAACCUGGCCAGGAAGAGCCUCACCUGUUUGAGCAGCGCUGGGGGCGGACCCUCAGGCAGUGGGACCAGCUCACCCUGGGCCAACCACCCUCACUCAGUCAUCACCUCAUAUGCCACCCCACGGGUCAGCAAAUCAAAGUCCAACCCCAACCUCCGGCAAGGGGAACUGGAGGACGAGCUCCAGCCCCGACCCCUAGGAACACCCAGAGAGGCCCCGACAGAGUCCCCCAACAGACUCACCCAGAGGAGGCACACCUGGAGCAGGCUCUACAUGGAGGGGCUGAAGCAGUCGUCCUCCACCACCUCCACAGCCAAGAGGCCCUCUGUGCCUCCCACUGCGGCCAGCAGCUCCGUCGACACUGGGGCUUCCAUGUCCAAGAGCCUAGGAGACUUGACCUCGGAUGACAUCGCUUGCAACUUUGACAGCAAAUACCGUAGCAUCAGCCGUAGCUUCAUCGUCAGGCCCUCCAGGGACCAGCUCCGGAGAGGGAGUCCCCAGAAGCCCAGGCCCCCCGGCGACCUGACGGAGCAGCUGCGGAUGCUGACUGAUGUGGAGCCCUUGACGGCUCGCGACUUUUCGCCACUGCCCCAGGAGGCGGAGGAGGCCCCCCUGAGGAGGAUGUCGUCCCGGAGCCAGAGCAGGGUGCGCUACAUCGCCAACAGGGCCAAGCAGGCUCAGGAGAGGCAGAGGCUCCAGAGACUGGCCCAGGCCACAGCUGGUGCUGGCAGCGUCAGUGGCAGCCCCAUCGAGGAACGGGGCAACCCUGAGGGGGCAUGCUGUGUUGCCAGGAGCCCCUGUGCUGGUCUGGACCUGCUGAGCCAGCUUACCCCCCCAGGGCCCCCCAGCAGACAGUCCCAAACUGACCCCAACCACAACAAUAACGAAGUCUUUUUUAGGCUUAAGCUCUGAACUUGUUGGAACUGAACGUGAAAGGCCUCAGAGUUUAACUGAGGAAAUCCAUCCAAUGUUCCACAAGUGGAAAUUGUAUUUUUUUGUUAAGAACAGGGAAUCUGUUUUAUCUUGACAGGAUCUGUCUUACCAAUUUGUUGUUAAAGCACUGAAUAAUUCUAAUCUUCCAGAGACAUUUAAAUGAAGCCACAAUCACCAUAUAGAUAAGGUUUUUUGUUGAUUGCUAUGAGAAUCACCUUAUAACUCUGGAUUAUGUUAUCACUGUUGUAUCCAUUAUUCAUAAUUCACUCUUCGAAGCAUUUAACUCAUAACUGGUCACUGUACUAGAACCAAACAACACAUAGUCUAAUAGAGACAAAGAGAUCUUAGAAAGGUGGUCUCUACAUUGCAGCCAAUUGUUUGCACCAGAUGUUAAAUAUUGACAGAAUAUAUUUCAAAAACAAUUUGCAAGACUUUCUUUAUGCCUGUCUAAGUUUAUAGAGAUGUCCUCCAUGUCCAAGUUUUCACUCUAACAUGACAAUUUCCUGCAAGCAGCCAAUAGUGGACUAUGUUUUAAAAUGACCCAUUCCAACCCUUUUUUCUUGUUUUAAACUUGAAAUGUGAUAGCAUACUGUACUUCUAAACUGAGAUUAAAUACACUGUAUAUGUUGAUACAUUAUAUACCCAGUAGCGGAGCUAUGUGCUAGCAAUAUUUUUUUUUACUAUGACAAUGUAUUAUACUGACGAUAUCCUAGAUGGAUUUUUAAACAAAUGGAUGCAAGCAAAAGACCAUGCUAUGUAUUUGUCUCUAAGGAUAGUAGGAAAUCAAUAUUUUACGGAAUAAAAGGUCUUUUAUUAUUUCAUUUUAUUUUUUACUUUUUUAUCUUCUGCGUACAGUGACUAAAUGGUGAUUUGACUGUGCUGCCAACAUUGUUGCUAACUGUCCAACCCCAUGGCAUGUCCACAGAUAUUUUAUGCUAGACAAAACAAAAAAACAGUAGUAGUGUUGUUUAUUUAGCAUCCGUUUUAUCGAUUUUUCUUUUGACUGCAUGUAUUUUAUGCAUUGUUUUUGUCCUAAAGGUCGAUUUUAUUUUACAAUGACUUUUUAAAUGGAAAUAUGUCAGUUUAUCUGCACAGUUUAAGACUGAUUAAUGGAAUGUUUGGCCACAACAGCAUCAUGUCUAAAUUCCUUCAACAUGGUGGUAUCAAAGCACGUUUAUUUGUACUGUACUGUUUGCACUGCCAUGCCAGUUCUUUGCAGCAUUUUAGGAACAAUAUUUAAAUAAAAAAACAUGUAAUAA